AUGAAUUAAAUCCCUCUACAACCCUAAUCAAUUUAACGCAUCUAUUCUAAACUCAAACAGCACCAGAGAGCAUUACAAAUUGCAUUACAAUCAAUUGAGUGUUCAGUUGGCAAAUAAUUGGUAAUCGCAUAUCAUAAUGCAGCUAUCGAAUACAAAGCAUUAUCAUAGGAUGAAUAAAGCAAAAGAUUUCAUGAAAAAGCAUACGAAUAGAGUGUUGAACUAUUUGGACACUAAGACCCCCUGACUUAAAAAUUAACUAAAUAUGUAGAAAAAUUACCUCCAAAACAAAUACCUGUUUAAAAUAAAUUUAGAUUAAGAAGUGCCUCAAGACACGGAGAGGAGACAAAAUCCUUUUACUACAAAAGACCUAUAUCAAGGAUUGAUUCAUUCACACAGUCAUUAAAUUAAUCUAUCAAUCAAUCUGAUGAUGCCAAUUAUAAAUCCAAUAGUUAAAUCAAAGGUAAAAGACAGAAAACUUUGAAUUAAUCGUUUUUGACAUCAAGUAAUGACUUUAAUGAAGAAGAGGAAUGCGUGAUUUCAAAAUAAUUGCAAAAUGAAAUUGAGACUUAAAGUAAAAUCAGAUAAAGAUUUUUGUAAUCUAUUCAUCAAUAAAACAUCUAACUACUAGAGAGAAAACUAAAAAAAAGAAACAGUUAUCAUAUUAAUUUCUCUUAGGAAUCCAUAGUAAAUGUUGAAUGUUAGGAUUAAAAAUCUUAAGAUUUUAUUCAUUUUGAAAAUUAACAGCCCGAUGGAUAAUUUGAUUCUAUGAUACCUAUAAAUUAAUAAGAAGAUCUUACCUAUGAUGAUCAAGAAUUAAUUAUCAAUUAGAUUAGGGGAUUUGAAUCAUAAAAGGAAAUUACAUUUGCAUCGUUUGCUAAUUAAGAAACAUUUGAAAAUACUUUUGAGUAAAAGAAUAAAUAGGGAAAUGCCAUUUGUAAGAUAUAAAAGUGGUAUCGCAAAAAAUAAAGGAAUCACUCCCUUAAAAAUAAUUAAAUUAACCCACAGGUUCAAGCGUAGGCAGCUCUCAAAAUAUAAAGAUCUUAUAGAAGAAUGCUCUAAUAGAGAUUGAUGCAACUGAAGAAAAAAAAUAAAAAAUAUGUAAAAUACUUAACAAUAUCUAAAUUAUCAAUAGAAAACGAAUAAGAAUAUUGCUUAAUAAUUGCUAAGAAGUACUAGAAUGAGAUCUUAUAUGUGAUUAAUGAGUUGAAGAAUAAGCGAUAGAGGAAAAGAGCAAAAGUUUAUAGAUAAAGUUUUGAAUUAGAGCAGUUACAUUCUAAGUAUCGUUCAUUUGAUGAAUUUUGUUAAAAAACUAAUAUGUCAGCAAGAAUGAACUUAAUUGCUUAUAAAUAGGCUCGAGCAAUCAAUUAUAAAGAAAUUAGCACCUUAUUUUAUGUUCAUAAUAAUUAGCUUAAUUUAUAUGGAGUCACAGAUGCUUUAUCAAAUGAAUUGAUGGAGUCUGAUAUUGAUGAAAAAACUUCAAUUUCUUCUCGUAGAUCACCAAUUAAAUUAACUAAAUUAAUGAAACUAUAGUCUUUAUUGAGGGGAUAUUUGGCAAGAAAAUAGUAAGAGUUAAUUAAAAAUCAGAAAUAUAAACAUAAGAGAUUUAUAGAAAAGAUCUAAGGAGGUUAUUUCAUUUUAAUUUUUAAAGAAGAAAAUGUGAUACAAUUCUACAAUCUUUAACAAAAGAAUUUAUGUGAAAACGAGAUGAUCAUUCCUGAUUCAGUCAUUAAAUUUUUUGGUCCAAUCAAUAGAUAAAAUUGUAGUGAGAUAUUUUAUGCUACUAAUAAUAAGAUAUUAUUUACUGACGAUGCUCAAUAUAUUAUUGAUAAAGAUACUAGAUCAAAGGAGAAGAUUGAUUAUACUUUAUUAGAGAGAGCCGCCAAGAAAAUUUAAAGAGUGUUGAGAACUAAGAUAAAAUUCUUUGAUUCAUCAAUACUAAAAUAUAAAGCCAUAACUUUAAAAGCAAAAUAAUGUUAAUUAUUAUUUAAAAUAAGAAAAUCCAUUUUGUUUGAAUAAAAAUAUCAUAUUAUCUUAACUGCCUCUGGUUAAAUUUAUUAAGAACAUUAAGAAUUGCUUAUUGAAGGAGGAAUCGUAUAAAAGAAGUAUUCUAAUCUUAAAAUUGCUUAAUGUUGUCAGAGAUUGUUUUAGGAUAUAUCCAUUUCUGAUUUCACUCAAGUGACCAAAAUAAUUUUGGAUGAAAUUGACUUUGAAUGGAAAAACGAAAAACUUCAUUUAAAAUGUCAUAGUUUAGAAGAAGUUUAUGGAUUUCUUAUGGAGAGAAAUUAUUCUUCAUUUAAGGAAAGCUUGAAGGAUGCUGCAAACAAAGAACCCACCUUCUUAGGCAGAAAUUACUUAAGUAGGAAAAUAUAUUGUUAGUAAUAUCUAAAGAACAGAUUUGAAAUUGAGGACAGACCGACAAUAUUUUGUACAAUGCCAGAUCCUUCUGUUUAUCAAAUUACAUACAUAAAGAAUCUUUAUUUAGAGAGAUUAAAGAAAAAGUAUGAGUAAAAGAGAAAGGAUAAGCAGGUUGGAAACAAUAUCAAUCAUUAUGUUAAUAAAUUUCCUUCUGUUUUUAAUUAUGAAUGGAUUCAAGAUCCUGAUGAACUAUAUUUGGAGAUGCUUAACAAAAAGGCAAAGUUAGUGUAGAGAGCCUUUAGAUUACUAAAGUUCAGAGCCAUAAUACACCAGAAGUGUUUGAUAAGAAGAAGAAGAAGACAAGCAUUGCUUGAAUCGUAAAAAGUUGUGGUCAAACAAUAUUACUUUGACGAGAUUAAGAAACCUCAAGCAUAUACAACAAUUGAAAUUAUAAAAAAAAGAGGAGAAACUCCGAUUCUUUUAAAAUCAAUUCACAUUGAUUCAGUGCUUUAUGAAUGGAUACUAGUGCUGCCUUAUUAGGAUAUUGUGGUGACAGCAUACUCAAUUCCAAGGUAAUUUUAUCAAAUAAAAUAUAACGAAUAUACAAAUCACUAUAUGGAUAUAGUUUUAUCAGAAUCAGUUGAAAAAAUUCAAUAGUAUUUUAGUUAUCCUAUAGAAAAAUUUCAUCCAUCAGAGAAAGUAGAAUUUAUUACAGAAUUGAGAGAGUAAUUUAGUAAGAAAGUUAUAAGAAUUGUAAGAUUGAAAUUAUUCCUUAAAAAAAUCAAAGAUACUCCAGUGACUAAGAAAUUCUUAAUAAGGACAUUUGUGAAUGAGUUUUAUGUCUAAAUAAAUUACUUUUACAAUAAGGUUGACUAAAAGAUUAUUAUAUUGCUGUAGAAAGAGAAACGCAAAAGAAAAUAUCUCUUGGAUUUGCAUUACUUAGAUUGCUUCUUUGGAAAUUAUCAUGGAUUGAAAUACCUGGAUAAGGAGAUGUUUAUAAAACUCUUAACUUUAAAUGAGCCAAAAAGUUAUCAUAAGUAUAGAAUACUAUUAAUGCCAAUGAUUAAUGUUCUCCAUCUUUACAUAAUGAUAAAUGCAGAAUUAGACUUAUAAUUUUAAUAUAAAGAUUUUGAGAUACCUUUGACAGAAGAGAUCAAUGAGAAAUUUUAUACAUCUUCCUAAGGAUUUUAUAUGAUUACAAAUGAAUCAUAAUCUAGACUUUUACCAACAAUCAUAUCAUUGUAGGCAAAAUGGAGACUAUGUCAAUAAUAAAAAAAAUAUUAAUUAAUGCUUUUUAGAUGUACGAGAAUGAAGAUCAAAAUGAUGAAUAAGAAAGGUAAGGAAGUUUAGAAGACAUUUUUGAGGAGAAAAGAUAUCAGUGAUGAUAAAGAGAGUGAUAUCAUGUACAUUUGUAGUAUUUAUCAGUCUAAAGAUCAUCAAGUAGUAAGAGUUAGAGUAGAACUGAGAGCUUACAAAAGUAAGUAAGAACAAGAAUUAUUCAAUUGUUUCACAAUAGAGCCAUAUUCAAUUCUAUUAAAUGAAUAACUAAGUUAAUAUGUGUUGAAGAAUAUCUACAUAGAAAACAAUAUUUUACUUUUGAGGUAGAAUUAUACUUAAAAAAUUGAGAUUCCAUAGGAGUUUUAAUAGAAAUAAUUGAAAUUGAUCACUAAGAAACCAUCAUCUCCAAAACUCAUCUACCAUUAAAAAAGAUAAUAUUCUUAAGGCAAGCAAUUCAUAUAUGAUGCAAUUCACACUGGGGAAAUGCCUCAACAAUAGAAGACGACAUAAGAGACUAGAAAUAUGAUAAAGAUUGAUAUUGAUUUGAAGGAGUUAAAAUCCUAAUAUCCAGGAGUUAAUUAUAAACAAACUAAUAUCUUAUCAUAACUAUCAGAAUAACUAAUCACAGGAUUUAAGGUUGACAAACAAACAAUUAUUUCAAAGCCUCUAUAAAAGAGAGGAAUUAAAAUAUAAGGAAAUUGUCAAAAUGAAGAAAAAGGAAAGGAAUUAAAUAUUGCUGAGAGUGUCAAACAAUAAAAUACCCUUUUAUUAAGAUUCACUUAAUUCUACAAUAAUCUAAGAUAUAUGAUUGUGAUUUCAUAACUUGACAUACCUAUUGAGGGCUAUGAGAAAUUAGAUUCAGUUUAUGAACCUUAUCAUUCAUAUAUAAAUAUUACCGCCCAAAAUUAAUUGAAUAAUAAUAGAAUAAUUUGGUAGAUGAAUUUACAAUAGGCUAAUAAAAUAACAAAUUAAUAGGAUUUAAAGGAAAUUGCCGCAACGAUCAAACUUAAUAUAUUAGUGUUGGAAGAUAAAUUUGUCUAUGUGGCUGAUUUUGAGAUUAUUGAAUUUGAUUAUGUGCUUAUGAUUAAGAGGAAUACCAUGAAUGUAAUUUAAAGGAUGUUGAAGAAUAAGAAAUUCAAUAAAUUAAGAAAAGAAUUUGAAGUGGAGGUUCGAUAAUUGAAGGAGAGUGAUAAUCAAUUCUGGAAUAACAUAAUUUAUUAUGGUAUUAAUCAAUUUCAGUCCAAUGAUUACUUCAUCUGCAUUGGAAUCGAGAGACGUCAAUAUUUGUUGUUGGCUUGGAACAUCAAAGACUAUUAGCGCUAUACUCUGACUAUGUAUAAGAAGAAAGCAUUUCAUGAGCAAUUGGAAUAGAUAAGGUUUAUUAAUCAAAAUUUGGAAUUGUGA